AUGGACUGGACAAGACGAGAAGAGGUGUCCUUUGACAUCAAUGCGCCGCCGGAGGGACUCGAAGAGGAUGAGUUCUUCGACAUCCCAGAGGGGGCCACUGCAGCGAGGCUUGCCGAUCUCAAGGCAGAGCUUUCGAAACCCCACAGCGCCUUGAGGCUCCGCAUCAAGGACCGGCUCGAACGAACGAUCGGUGUGGAUGCGGCUAAGAUCUAUGAUGUGCCGGACGUGGCGCUUCCUGCUCCCAAGAUCAAGUACAAGAUGAGCUUCACCGUUCAGGAUGAACUUUCCCUCCGUGAGCUGCCCAAAAACACCGGCAACGCCUACUUCAUGAAAGGAUUCGACUCGCGCACAGCUCCUUUCACGGGUGUCCGGCCGGAUCUACUUCCAGUCAUCUCACAACGGCAGGUCUCCAUUGACAAGAGCAUGUUGCCGGCCCUCUACCAACCCUUCCGGGAGGAAAGGAAGCACCCCUAUGGCCUGGAGGAUCCUUCGACGCUGUGCCCGCGCGGGACUUUCAAGCAGCCGCCCGAAACGACUGAACCCUUGUUCAGCCUUGUCCAGCAGGAGGUACCGCCUCCUGACGCGACGAUCGUUCCCCGCACGUUUGGCCGUAAGAAGCAUUGA